GUUCAUUGUCAUUCCAUUCUCAAAUUGAUGUAGCAGACCUAAUGUAGCAAAUGUAGCAUAGCUCCUCUGAACUUUUUGGAAGGUUUAAUGGUGUAACCAAUGGAAAAAUUUGCUGUUGAUUUAGAAAAAGUCCUGGACGAUUUUGAGAUUGACGAAGAGAAAGAAGAGUUAUUAACUCUGCAUACUGUCAAUCGUGCUGCCUCUUUUCCUCAGCCUCGCCAGAAUGUAUCUGUUCGGCCACCAGCUGCAAGUUACAGGCGACCCUCCUUUGAGCCUAUCAAUCUAGCGGAAGCAGAUUUUGCAGCCUCGCCACAGUCAACAACAGUGCACAACUACAAUGAAGAAUACUACAAUUCCACACUGUACUGUCAAAAAGAUAACUUACGCAAUGGCAACAGUGUUUACAGCAAGUUAAUCUCCAAAUCCAAUCAGUCUGAUGCUUCGCUAUACUCCAGGCUGAUCCCCGAGCAGAAUAUCUCACUCCAUGAGAAAAGUGUAAUUAACUCUGGUGAAUCCAAUUGGAAUAUCAAUAUCAACCCUGCAAAGUCAACACCUUCAGAUGAUAAUGCCAGUUACUCAAACCCAUAUAUACACUCUAUCAUCAAGACUUCGCAGCUGAAAGUACCUUUGGAGUAUGAAGCUCCGCCACCUUACUCUCUAUUACCUCCUCCUGAAGUCGUAUCUAUCAAGUUGAACCACGAAACAGCUUUAGAUGAGAAGCCUGACUUAAUUGAUACUAAAAAGUUCUCAGAGGCAACCAAUUCACACGAAGAAUUUUUGGAUAGUAAGCACUCUCAUUUACCAGAUGUGGCUGCUUCAGGACAGAACUGCAAAAAAUCAAUCAGUGCUUCAACGUUUUCAUCACAAAAUGUUACUCUGGAUCUAAUAAAUAGCAGUAGUGUUAUUAAUUCUGCCCUUAAUGCAGAAUCCCCACAUACAUCAUCCAAUGCUCCUAUUGGAUUCAAUACUUUGCACAAUGUUAGCGAUAGUGAAUUGGAGCAGUACCUGCAUGAACUAGAUGAACUGGAAGAUGACACAACUGAUGACUGCUCGCUAAUUCUUCACGACUCUGUGACAAAUAAUCUCGAAGCACUAGGAGCCAAUGUAGAAAAAUUUGAGAGGAGUGAAACAGUUCCUCUAAAUAUCAGUACAGAGGAAGAUUUUUCUAAUGAGGCUGAGAGUUCAGUAGUUAACACAAGCGAUUCCCAAAACCUCAACAUUCACUACAAUAUUCAGUGUGACUCUAACAAUGAUGUAUUCCUAUCCUCAUCUGAUGCGAGCUUCGUUGAUUCAGCAACAUCUAGUGUCAGAGAAGUAAAUGAAAGUGGCGGGAAAUCUGGGGAAAGUAGUUUUAACAGGACUGUUUCUGAAGUGGUUGACUUCAAGUCUGAAGAGACAGGAGAUAAUGUAAUAUUGAGUUCUAGCCACGAUCGAAAAGCACUAUUUCAGCAAAGCAUAGAAAGUACUAUUAUCACAAAUGAUCCAAUGAAUGGAACCAUCAGCGACGUUAGAGAAUCAUCAGAAAUAUCAUUUGACAAAAAAUGCACCAAAAUGGAAGAAGUCAGCACAAGUUCAAUCCACCACAAAAAUACAAAUGCAAAGAGUGACUUGUCAUCAGAUUCUCAAAUUUGUAACACUGAUAGAAUUGACUCAGGACCACAAGUAGGAAACAAUUUUGAAGAGAAGGACACAUCAAGAGAGAGCUACAACGGUGUGGAGGCUCAAGAGAUAAAUGAAAAUCUAGCUAAUGAAGCCGCAGAAGAUGAAACCACCAGUGAAGCCUCAACUUUGUCUGCUUCCUCUUUCUCAGGAGAGUGUGUUUUCGAAGAAUUUGUAAAACCUGUACAUCAGUCGGAGGUUGAAGAUCAAAAUAAUCUUCUCUCAAUAUGCUUGGAUACCGAAAAGAAUCAAAACACUUUAUCUGAUAUUGAAUCUAAUGUUGUUUCGAAUGAAACUUCAAUGUACAGUGAAGCAACUAAUACCAUAGAUGAAAAUGUAUAUACUAAUGAGAAUUGUACAUUAGAACUGUCGGGUGAAUCAAGGCCUGUGCGUCCAACCUCAUUACAAUUAUCAUCUCAAAUAACAGUUUCCUCAGAUAUUAUCGAAUCAGGGACAGAAUCUAACCUGGAAGCUUCAAGCAUAACUUCUGGUGAAUGGAAACUGGGAAAGUCCUCACCGUAUUGGGUCCCUGAUAGUGAAACUCUGAACUGCAUGCGUUGUGAAACAAAAUUCACUCUAAUCCGAAGGCGUCACCAUUGUCGAGCUUGUGGGUUGUUGCUUUGCUCCAAGUGUUGUAGUAUGAAAACGAAAUUAGAGUAUAUGGAAUAUGCAGAAGCAAGAGUUUGUCAGCAGUGUUACUCAGUGCUGGAGAAGGGUUUUGGUCCAGAACCUGAGCAAUCACCCUCGUCAACAAAUCGUCCCAAUCCAAAUAACCCAAUGGAGUAUUGCUCCACAAUUCCACCAUUACAACAAGCAGCUAGUGCAUUGCAUCAGCCACCUCCAUCUGUUCUAGUCCCUGUCGGAGUUCUAAAACGUGAAGGUCGCACUAGGUCUGAAACUCCAAAGCAAGUCAUUUUCAGUGAUGGAAUUAGACCUGGAGGUGAUUUAACAGAGCUUGACGAUGCUCCAGAGCCCCGGUUAUCUAUUAAGCGUCAAAGUCGACAAGUUAAAAUGAAAGCAGACCAACAUGGAGAUGAAAUGAGCUGCAGUAGUCGAACCGUUGAAGGAGUAUCAGAAAUGAAUCAUCGCAAAGGCUCCAAACACAAAUUGAUUAAAGGAGGAUUGUGUCGGCAUAAUUCCUCAUAUGUUGAAAUCGGUAGUCUACCUGAAAAUAUAUUACCUCGGAUCAUCACCCGAGAACAUGGUGAAACUCAACUUACUGAUUUAGAGAAACCUAUCACACUGGAAGACCCACCAAUUAAAUUUGCUAUCAAUCCAAAUCUUCUUUUAGUUGUUAAACGUCUAUUCCUAGAUUGUUGUGUCAACAAAGAAGUUUGGUGUUUUACAACGGAAGGACUCGCCUGUGUUUGUCAGGAUGAAAUUGUUUUUGUAAUUGAGUGCCUCCCGGACGAAGAAAAACCGCCCAAAGAUAUAUUUUUAUUUGUCAAUUCCAUAUAUAAACAAGCGCCCAAAGGCAUUAUUUAUAGUGAGCUUUCAUUUGCUUCAACAGAGAUGACUAACUUCCUUGGUUCUAAGGAUCACGGAGGAUUUUUAUUCAUCAGAACAUCUUAUCAAUGUGUAAAUAAGUUACUUAUACCUCCUGCUCCAUACCUAAUUGGAUUAUUAAUUCACAGGUGGGAAGCUCCGUGGGCUAAGUUGUUCCCUAUAAGAUUAAUGCUGAGGUAUGGGGCAGAAUAUCGAUACUAUCCAUGCUACCUUGUUUCAGUCCGUUUUAGGCAUUCAUUAUAUUUUGAUAUUGGCACUACUAUUAUUCGCUUUCUGGCAGAUUUUCGGAAAUUUGAGUAUACAUUAUCAUCUGUUCGUGGAUUGAAAAUUCAUAUGGAAGACCGGCAAACAUCAAUUCUUCUCCCUCGGAAUCGCUAUGACCAAGUAAUCAAAGCAAUCAACAAUUCCAAUGAUAGCGUUUUAGCAUUUAGUGGGAACUUUAGUUAUGAAGCAGAUUCACAUUUUGUUUGCAUGCAGAACAACGAAAAUGAAUCUUAUUUCACGCAAGCAAUUUAUAUUAAUUCACGACCUCGGAAGAUAACUGGUGCGAGUUUUGUCGUUUUCAAUGGAGCCUUAAAGCCUUGCGGUCUCACAGGAAAAUCAGUUCUAGUGGAAGAUGGUUUCAUGGUUUAUAUUCCGUCAGAAAGUAUGACUGCUCUUAGAAAUGCUUUGAAGGACAUGAAGGAUUAUUCAGUUGGCUGUGGCGAAAAUUCUGAAGUGGUUGUGCUGCUUAAAUGGUCUGAUGAUGACACUCACUUCAAUGUUGGAGUCAAAAGUGUUAUUGAUGGAAAAUCACUGGAUGGUAUCCCUUCCAUUAGGGUUCAUAAUGGCACUGACUUCUUUGGAAAUUCGAGGCUCAUUCGAUGGACUGAAGUUUUUAUAUUUCAUUCAGAAGAAGACAUUGCAAAAGGAGGAGACUCAAUUGAUGUCAGUCGGCUUUCUGAAUCCAUCGCACAAGCCACCUGCAAAGCUUUAGUUCCGUUAUUGGAUUUGUUAGCGUCAGUUUCACUUUAUACUUUAGCUCUUCGCGUCUCCAUCCAUCCUGACAAGGUCGGCUAUGAAGCUGGUAGCUGCAAUGAAAAAUUGCCUCCCUUAUAUAUGAAACGUUUGGAUGAUGGGCUCAUACCACUCCUACAUCAAGCAGCUAUAAAAAAUCAGGACUCCCCUACAACCCUUGAGCUAGUUUUUAGGGUGAUGGAACAAACUUGAGUCGAUUUCACCAUUUCACACGAGCCUGCAGUACGUCAUGUAAAGCAUAGGUGUGCAUACCCCUCUCCCCUGUUGACAACCCCGCCCCACCCUGACAUCUGUACUUUCGUUAUAAUCCUUGUUCGCGCUUACGCUUGAGUUAGCCGCCCAAAAGUUCCGAACCUUCAACGGUGUGUUGAAUGUAUCAUAAUAAUUAUUAGUUUUACUAUUGAUUCCUCCGACGCAAAAAGACCCGCUCCUCGAGCUGCCGCCAUUACACAGCCCAAUCCCUCAUGUACAGCGCUUCCUGGCGGCGGCUGUGCUUGCAUUGUAACUUCCCUCAUAUGUGAGAUGUCCCAUUCCGCAAUAUUUUUAAAAACCCUUAAAUGUACAGAUUUCGCCAAGCUCUGUCCUAUUCGUUUAUUUUUACGUGAUUGUAUGCAUAAAUACGAUGAAAUUUGCCUUCACUUUGUAUGCGUGAAGUAUCUGUUACUUCCGUACUGGCGGUCAUAAUAUAUCCAUUUGCGCUCUUUGUAGAAAGCAGGGAGGAGGAGGUGGGUCAGUUUCCCCUCCUAUUAUUCAUUUUAUAAUACGUUAAUUAAUUUUUGCUCUCCAGAAAUUAUUUAAAUAACUUCUCACGAUUGAUGGAAUAUUUGCUGUUUUGAUACGACCUUUUGAGGGAUGGUGUUUUGGAUAGAAACUCAACUUUCUGUAAAUAUCGUCAUUUUUUACAAUUUUAAAUAAAGCCGUGUCAAACCCAAAAA